AUGGGUAACAGUCAAACGACAGCGAGUUGGUCCGUGGAUGAUUGGGCGUAUGGAACCGGUACGAAUGCUGUGCCCGUUGACGAAGUUGUUGAAGAAGUAGGAAAACUACCAGCAAGAUAUUUCGGCGGAAAAGCGAUCGAAAAUGACGCAUCGAUGCACCAGAUGCAACAAGAUCUGUUAACAUUUGAUGAAACAUUAAAGAAAAUUUUUCGAAGAAAGAAAAACAAACGUUCGAAACAGGAACCAGUUGCAGCAGCAGAAGAAGAAGGAUACUAUUAUGAAGAUGAUCCAGGGAUGCUAGACGAAAACGUAAGAGACUUACAAGGAGAACCUGUGUAUCUCGAAUCAACAACCGUUGAUAGAAAUACCGCUUCAUCGACACCCAAUCAAUCGAAUAAUUCGUCAUUAGAUGCACCAGCAACUCGUGGAAAACUCAUUUGGAGAUGCACUCACUGUGCUAUGGACAACAAAGUCACAGAAAGUUCAUGUCGACGCUGUGGCCAAGCCGAAACGAAGUUCUAA